GGCAGAAGUCCCGCAGUUUAUUUCGGACAUCUGGAGCUGAAUUUUCGUGCGCUUUGUGCGUCUGUUACGUAGGAUCUCGUUUCUGUUUCUUCUUUAAGAGGUUCUGUGCGUGAACACCUGAAUUUGACGCGCGCUCUUGCUUUGGAUGUCAUUGUCUUUGGUCUGGCGCUGCGUUUGAGUGACGAUGCCGCUGAACGCGCUGCCCCGAGCCGGACCCGGAUCUCUGAGCCCGGCGUCCCUGUCCCGGAGCUUGUCACGGCUGAGGGAGUACCGGACCCGGACGAGGAUCAUGCUGGCUCUGGGAGUCUCUCAGAUGGUUUUGGGGAGUCUGAUCCUGGCCGUCAGCUUCGCAGCUCUGGCUCUCACCACAUCACCCCGAGUCCGGCACUCAUGUCCCUUCUGGGCAGGUUUCUCAGUGCUGCUGUCUGGUCUGAUCGGAGUGGUGUCGUGGAAGAGGCCCCUCUCUCUUGUGAUCACAUUCUUCAUGUUGCUAUCAGCAGUGUGCGUGAUGCUGAACCUGGCCGGAUCCAUCCUGUCCUGCCAGAAUGCUCAGUUGGUCAACUCACUGGAAGACUGUCAGCUGCUCAAGUUUGACAGCGAUGGAGUGUGUGUGUGCUGCGAGCUGCAGCAGCAGAGUUCCAGCUGCAACAACCUGGGAGAGACACUGAAACUUAAUCCGCUGAGGGACUGCAACACCAUUCGUCUGCGCCUCAAGGAGUUGCUGUUCAGUGUUUGUGCCUUAAACGUCAUCUCCACCAUUGUGUGCGCUCUGGCCACUGCCAUGUGCUGUAUGCAGAUGGUCUCAACCGAUGUGCUGCAGAUGUUUAUGCCACACAGAGCACGGGCUCUAAAUGCCGACUGUGUGACUCCGCAUGGAACCAUCCUCCACCAAACACUGGACUUUGAUGAGUUCAUUCCUCCCAUUCCUCCACCACCGUACUACCCUCCAGAAUACACCUGCACCCCCUCAAUGGAUGGACAGAGUUACAUCCCUGACAGAGGCCUGCACCUGGACUUUCCUCAUUCCCCCUUCAGUACCAUCUAUGGGGUGCCGAUCAACAGCCCAGGAACUCUGUACCCAACUGAUCUGCCCCCUCCAUAUGAGUCUGUGGUGGGGCAGACCCCCGCCAGCCAGGUCACCACCAGCAUAGACCAACAGGCCACUGAGUCCAGUCUGUGUGAGAGGAACACCACUGCAGGGCUCAGUACUCAGGCCUCGGUCGACAGCGCAUCACUAAUGGUGUCGGAAGUGGCAGAUCAGGACCACACUUGCUCAUCAGAAGAGCUGUGCUCCCUGGAGGUCCAAGGUUCCGACUCUUCUCCUUAUGGUACGCUCCAUACUGCUCCUACCGAUGAAAGCUGCACCAGCCUAGAACUUUGCACACGUGACGCCUCACGUUGUCACCGUAGUCUGCUCAACACCGACGCUCGCCCCAGUGAUACAGGAUAUAGCGAGUCCUCACACACCCAGGAGUCUCUGGAGCGCUCUCCAGACUGGUCCUCUGGAAACUUUAGCAAUCUGGACCAGGAGGAUUCAUCAGACAUCUCUCAUGCAUGUGAGGAACUCAGGGCUGCAGUGCACAUAUGCGAUGAGCUCGCCUCUGCCACGCAUUUGCCAGAGGAGCCCCCUAAAGUGGCGACACACUCCCUCAUUAAGGCUAGAAUGAUGAGCCGAAAGCUCACGCUCCCCGUCACUCUCCCCCCGCCACCUCAGCCUUGCUCCCCCACCUCUGUAGCCUCCUCUGGUGGAACAUCAGCCAUUAGCCCUUUAGCUCCUUCUCCUUCCCCAUCCCCUCCCAGCAUGCCACGCGGCCCCAGGUUGUGUUUCAGUGUGUGGUCACCUUCCUCCAAUUCACAACCUCCGUCUACCUCAGCCCAGAGCGGCUGCUCGCCCUCAGAGAGGCCGCGGGUGCUUCGUGCAGCCAGGAGGUACCGCAAGCUGGCACGAAUCGUCCGCUCCACCAGCGACCCGAUCUCCUGCAACUCAACAUCAGGAAGAGAAAGGUGUAGCUGCACUUCUGCCAGUAAUCUUCCUGCUGAGGACUCUGCUCACGCUUCACCAGAGCAAGAGUCAACAGACGUCCCGGCAGAAGAAGUCGGACCUAAACUGAAUCUCACACGUGUCAAGAAGCAACCAAAGGUGGGAAGAAAAGUUGACAUCUUCAGAUCUCGAGGGCUGCACGCACACACGUCCCACGAGCGUCCGCAGUCCCUGGCUGACCUCAAGAUGUACAAAGACACCAAAAUUCUGGUGGCCAAGUUCUUGGAGCAUUCCAGCUGCAGUCUGCCUCCUGAGGUCCAGCAGGUCGUCAACAACUCAAGUGGUGUCAUCAAGUCGGAUGAAAAACACAUGGAGGAGGCCAUAUUUAGUGCCAACGUUAUUGAUCAGGUGAUGACUCAGCACAUUGCAGGCAGUCCCAGAAAACAUGACCAUGAUGAUAUUCACCUCCAGAGCUGCGGCGCACUGAGUUCAUCGCCGUCCCCUUCAGUGCGUCGUCUCAAACACCUUCCACAGACAGCCAACGCCUCCACCAACCCGCUGGACUCGGCGUCCUCUGAACGCAUCCUCAUGUGCAGAGAAACUAUUCUUUGACCACUCUCCCAAACAAGAACUCCGAUCAAAACCAGGUGCUGGUGCUGCAGCCGUGCCGCACUGUGCAGCAGACGUCUGCAAUGUGGAUUAGUAAGUGUUGAGAUGUGAAGUUGUUUAUUUACGCAGUGUUAGUGCAGGUCAGGCAGUGUGAAAUAAGGUGACGCCCUGCGAGGCUGUGCCACGUCAUCACCAGAUAUGGUAGCAAACGCAUCCUGAGCCUGCGUGCAACUGUCCUGGCUUCUUUCUCAUCACAAAAACACAAGAAUGUUCUCCCUCAGGGGAUCUUUUCUACUAACUUUCAUCUCUUAAAAAAAGGAAACAAAUGCCCAGCUGGUAGGUACAGUGACACAGGAUGCUGUGAUAGCAGCGUCCUUGUCCUAACAAUAAGGGAGAAAUAUGUUUGUAUUAGUCUGAAGUGACUGGGCGUUACCAGCUAUUGUUUGCAGACUUUGUGGAGUUGUUACUGGUGGGAUGGUGAAUAUAUUGUGGUGCCUCUGAUUCAAGAACAUCACAUAUGUGGACUAUUUAUCUUACCUCAUUGUGUUUCUUAUCAGUGUUCCAAUAAAAUAUGACUUUGUA